UGUUCCAAGAUGGCGGCGGGUUGCUGCGGGGUGAAGAAGCAGAAACUGUCCAGUUCGCCCCCCUCUGGCUCUGGUGGCGGUGGUGGCGCCUCCUCCUCCUCCCACUGCAGCGGAGAGAGCCAGUGCCGAGCCGGGGAGCUGGGACUAGGAGGCGCCGGUACGCGGCUCAACGGGCUAGGAGGUCUAGCCGGAGGAGGUAGCGGCAGCGGCUGUACCCUCUCUCCCCCUCAGGGCUGCGGCGGCGGCGGCGGGGGAAUCUCCCUGUCGCCCCCUCCGAGCUGCGGAGUGGGCACCCUACUUUCUCCCCCGUCCGCCGCCACCUCACCCUCGCCCUCCUUGUCGUCCGCCGCCUCGUCCUCAUCGCCCGGCUCCCGGAAGAUGGUGGUGUCAGCGGAGAUGUGCUGCUUUUGCUUCGAUGUGCUCUACUGUCACCUGUACGGAUACCAGCAGCCCCGGACCCCCCGGUUCACCAACGAGCCCUACCCACUGUUUGUAACAUGGAAGAUUGGUCGAGACAAAAGAUUGCGUGGAUGCAUAGGUACUUUUUCUGCCAUGAAUUUGCAUUCAGGACUCAGGGAGUACACACUUACCAGUGCCCUUAAAGAUAGCCGUUUUCCCCCAAUGACAAGGGACGAGCUGCCGCGGCUGUUCUGCUCAGUGUCUCUGCUCACUAACUUCGAAGACGUCUGUGAUUAUUUGGACUGGGAGGUGGGUGUACAUGGCAUUAGAAUAGAAUUCAUCAAUGAAAAAGGAUCAAAACGCACCGCCACCUACCUACCGGAGGUUGCAAAGGAGCAAGGAUGGGACCAUAUUCAGACCAUAGACUCCUUACUGAGGAAAGGAGGAUACAAAGCUCCGAUUACUAAUGAAUUCAGGAAAACCAUAAAACUGACCAGGUACCGUAGUGAAAAGAUGACCUUGAGCUAUGCUGAAUACCUUGCUCAUCGCCAGCAUCAUCAUUUCCAAAAUGGCAUUGGGCAUCCCCUUCCGCCAUACAACCAUUAUUCCUGACACUGAGCCACACAACCAGUCACUGGGCCUCUCUGCAGACCUCUUCCCAGGAGACCCUACCCCUUCUUGGUCUAGCUAUCUCUUUUACUGUACCAUUUUAUGAUGAUAGUUUCCGUUGCCAUGGUGAAGCUUCGACAUCGUCAGUUUAAGAUCAUCAUGGUAACGGGUAGGAAAAUGGCAUUUAUUAAGAUGAUCCUGUUUUAUUAUUUUAGAUCUUUUUUUUUUUUUUGCAGCAUAUAUGAAUUUUGGGGUUUUCUUUCCUUACAAUAUUAUAUGGAAUUUUGCUUUGCUAUCUCAGUCAGGUUUGUCUUUCUGUCCUUCUUGCCUUCCUUCCUGUCUUCUUUCCUUCUUUCUUUCUUCUCUUCCUUCCUUGUGUUGACUGUGGAUGCAAGAAAUCAUGCAGUUUCUAAGGAUUUCAUUUAGGUGUUUCUUUCAUUUUCCUCAGUAAGAUAGGUAAUUUUUGAUAGCUGUGUUUGGGAGUAAUUCAUACCAGAUUCAGGUAUUUGUAUAUUACUCUUGAAUUUGUCUAAAAUUCAUUUUGUUAUGAGAGCUUAGUAUGUGGGUCUUCUCUGUUUAAGUAUAUGUUUUUCCCAUGGUUAGAAGAGAUGAACUUUCGCUCUAGUGUAGAACAUUCGAAGGUCCGUGAUAGGACUUGUCACAGAGAGUGAGAAAUCAUUUAUGCCUAUUGUGCUGGUUAUCACAGGAAAAACUGCCUCAUCACUUUAUAGAACCAACUUACAAACUAAAACACUGUUUUAAGAAAGUACAAGCUACCUUUGAAAUAUGCUACAGAAAUUAUUUUGAAGAGCAGCAAAUAUCAGGAAGAGAGCAGAUACAGAAUUUAGUGCCUUUGAGAAGAAUAUAAUUAAGUGGAAUUAAGAGGGGUUAGAAGAAAGGCAAUUUAGAGAAAUAUUCUUAAAAAUUUUAUUUCUAUAUGUGAAACAACAGAUUAGACAAAUUGCUUACUCUUAAGUAUUUUUUUAAGCUGAAAAAUUUAUUUUGAGCAAAUAACCAAAAAGAGACAUGUGUCUAUUAUAUAUUAAUUUAAAUUUGUUAGCUUUAGCUUUCAAUAAGUCAUGAUUGGCCAGAGACAAUUUUAGCUACCAUUUAAAGAAAUAGUAAAGAUAAUCUAGUGAAACAAAAGUUAAUACAUGUCGUGAUUUCAGACAUGUUUGUCAUGGGGACAAUACUGGAGUUUUAGAAAUACUAUAAAAUUGCUUGAAUCUCUUUCUGCACUACAUACUUUUGAUAGAAACACAUUUACUAUAUCGAUAAGAUGUUAUGUUACCCCUGUAAAAACGGAGUUGGCAUUUAGAUACGAUAUAGUUGUUAGAGCCCAGCUCAUUUGCAGGGCUAGUCUUCCCAUGAUGCAUAUGCAGAGAACUUCCUAAUGUCAACGAGAAGUCUGUAUGUAUAUCCCCAGGAAAAAUGACAGAUGAUUCUGGAGAAAGAUUACCUUCGUUUUAUGGU